AUGAAGAUAAUGGUAGCCAUUAAACGAGUCGUCGAUUACGCCGUCAAAAUCAGAGUUAAACCCGACAAGACAGGGGUGGUGACCCAGAACGUGAAAAUGUCGAUGAAUCCAUUUUGUGAGAUUGCCCUUGAAGAAGCCCUUAGAAUCAGGGAAGCUGGUUUGGCAUCAGAGGUUGUGGCUGUUAGCAUGGGACCUUCUCAGUGUGUUGACACUCUUAGAACUGGUCUUGCUAUGGGAGCUGAUAAAGGGAUUCAUGUUGAGGUUGAUGAUUCUCUUUAUCCUCUCUCUGUUGCCAAGAUUUUGAAGAAGCUUGUUGAGAUUGAGAAACCUGGGCUUUUGAUUCUUGGCAAACAGGCCAUUGAUGAUGAUUGCAAUCAAGCAGGGCAGAUGGUAGCAGGACUUCUCAACUGGCCACAAGGGACUUUUGCUUCAAAGGUUGUCCUCGAUAAAGAGAAACAAGUAGCCACCGUUGACAGAGAGGUUGAUGAUGGUAUCGAGACUAUCUCUUUGAACUUACCAGCAGUAAUAACCACUGAUCUGAGACUGAACCAACCGCGGUAUGCUACACUUCCCAACAUAAUGAAAGCAAAAAAGAAGCCGAUAAAGAAGUUCACGCCAGAGGAGUUGAGUGUGGAAAUCAAACCCGAUUUGGAGAUUGUCGAAGUGACAGAACCUCCCAAGCGAAAAUCAGGUGUUGUUGUUUCUUCUGUGGAUGAGCUUAUUGACAAACUAAAACACGAAGCUAAUGUCAUCUGA